AUGGGUCUUCUAGCUCGCCAAGAUCCAGUUGAUUCCGACCAUGAUCUGUACGGAUACGUCCCAACGGAGUGGAUCUGCAUCCUCUUUGUCGUCCUGUUCUCGCUCUCCACAGCCAUUCAAGCUGUCCAGGCGGUGUAUACGCGUCUAUGGUGGAUAUACCCCACGAUCUGCGUAGCGGGUAUACUCGAGAUCAUCGGCUGGAGCGGACGGCUGUGGUCCAGCCUGAACCCUGUCGCAAUAAAUCCAUACCUCAUGCAGAUCGUCACAACCAUCAUCGCACCUACGCCCCUCGUCGCGGCGAACUUCCUCGUUCUUGGACAGCUCAUUCGCCGACUGGGUCAAUGCUAUAGCCGUCUGAGCGCAAAGUGGUACACGAUUGUCUUUGUCUGCUGUGACAUCGUCGCCCUUGUCAUCCAAGCUGUAGGCGGCGGCGCGGCCUCGGGUGCUGUGGACAACAACAAGAGCCCCGUGCCGGGAGGGCACAUCAUGCUCGCCGGCAUCGCCUUCCAAUUGGCCUCGAUCACGGUGUACAUGGCCCUCGCAGUGGAGUUCAUCCUGCGGUACAUGUACGACCGGCCGCUGCGCGCCGCGGAACGCACGGACACCGGGUACGCGCUCGACAGGAAGAUGCAGCUCAUGAUGGCCGGGCUCGCCCUGAGCAGCGUCUGCAUCUACAUCCGGUCCGUGUACCGAACCAUCGAGCUUGCCAUCGGCUGGACAGGAUACGUUAUCGAGACCCAACGCUACUUCGACUGGCUGGACGGCGGCAUGAUCGUGCUCGCGAUGUUCGCCGUCAACAUCUUCCACCCGGGGUUCCUCCUCGGCCCCGGCAAGACCUGGAAUGCCCAGAUGUCCGCGCAGACGGUCAACAGAGCCGAGGCGCAGGAGAAGCGCGGCGCCGACAUGGCGCCUGCGAGCAGCUCGGCGGGCAACUAUUCUACCUAA